ACUCCUUCAAUCAUCGAACAGACCAGCAACGGAUACAGUCAUCAGCUUCAACAGCUCCAGUCAAAUACAAAUAUACUCUCAAAAAACCCAAUUCUACCGAGCGAAAAUGGCAGCCAAGUUCUCCGUUCUCCUGGUCGUUUCCAUGUUUGUAGCGGUCUCCAUGGCCGGAGGAAAGAAGGGUGGAAGCAGCUAUGGCGAUUACAGCGCUAGCUAUGCUCCAUCCUACCCUUCUUACCCUUCUUACUCUGCUCCCUCUUACGCUGCUCCCUCUUACGCUGCUCCUUCUUACGCUGCUCCUUCUUACGCUGUUCCGUCUUAUUCAGCUCCUGCUUAUCCAGCUCCUGCUUACUCUUCCGGUAAAUCUAGCGGUGGCAAGAAGCGCAAGGGGGGCUUAAAGAGAUUGUUCAAGGCCAUCAAGGGCAGUGAUCUUGACUUUGAUGCUCUUUUUAACACACUCGCUUCUCUAUCAGGAGACUAUUCCGGUGGUUCUUCUUACGCCGCUCCUUCUUAUGCCGCUCCUUCUUACGCCGCUCCUUCAUACGGCGGUGGCAAGAAAGGAGGCAAGAAGGGAGGUAACCACUACGCCGCCCCAGCACCCUACGUCGCUCCAGUCUACUCCGCACCGGCCUACUCCGCACCGGCCUACUCCGCACCAGCCUACUCCGCACCAGCCUACUCCGCACCAGCCUACUCCGCUCCGGCCUACCACGCUCCGACCUACGCCGCUCCGGCCUACCACGCUCCGGCCUACGCUCCAUCUUACGGCGGUGGCAAGAAAGGAGGCAAGAAGGGAGGCAGCCAAUACACCGUUUCCUACGCUCCUACCUACGUCCCAUCUUACCAGGCUCCUACUUACCACGCUCCUUCUUACCCCGCUCCUUCUUACCCCGCCCCAUCUUACUCCGCUCCAGCCUACGAGGCUUCAUCUUACUCCGCUCCGGCUCCUGCUUAUUAGAAAAACCCAAAAGUAUUUUCUAAUUUUUACCACCAAAAGUUGUUUGUUUUCACCCAACAGCGGAGAAAUCGCAAUAAGGAGUCGGUUUUUUUAAUUCAGACGCAAAAAGGAAAUGAGAUUAGCUUGAUGGUGACUCCUUUUUGAUUCAAUUCUUCUACUCAGAGAUAUAUCUCGUCAUCGGAUCUAGCCCGAUGACAGUUUAUAUAAUAGGAUUUAUCUUGAUAUAAUAAUUAUAUGCCAAUACUUAAUCCAACUUUAUAUUCUCUUUUUACAAUGUCACUUUAGCCGAUUUGAUUCUUACAGCUCCUCCACCUUCCCACUCAUUAUCUGACACAGACACUUGGUAGUCAACCAUUCUUCAUGAGUGUACAUAUAUCUAAAUUUUCUUUAUACUUCAUCUCGCUCAACCAAACAAAGGAAAAGAAAAUAUUAUUUGCCUUCGCAGACUGUUUUUUUCCGAUAUCAAAAGUAGAGUAAUAUUAUAUCACUUUUCUCCACACACCCCUAUCAAAUCCUGCCUUGAAUAUUUUUCAUUUCACAAAAGACACUAUUUUACAGAAUGUUUUAUAUACUUGUGUAUUUCGAUGCAUAUUGAAUUGCCAAAUAUAUUUCUUCGGGGCUUGUGCGAUUGUCACAGUCUUAGCACAAAAAAUUA